AUGGAGAAUGCCGAAGCAACUGUCGGUCAAUUUCAAACGCUGGUGCGAUAUAAUAAUCCAGUAUUGGUGGUUAAGCACCCGGAUAAAAAAACCGCUCCUACUGAAUUAGAAUUGAAACGACCGCAAACUGCCGGGGCCUUAUUGGACACUAAAAAGGAAACUGAGGAGAUUUUAAAUUCAAUUUUGCCUCCACGUUGCUGGGAGGAAGAUGGUCAAUUAUGGCAGCAAACGGUAUCGAGCACUCCGGCCACUCGUCAAGAUGUAAUAAAUUUACAAGAAAUGUUAGAUACUCGCUUACAGCAAACGCAGGCAAGAGAGACUGGCAUUUGCCCCAUUCGCAGAGAACUUUAUUUGCAGUGUUUUGAUGAAAUUAUACGUCAAGUAACGAUUAAUUGUUCCGAACGUGGUUUACUUUUGCUGCGCAUACGCGACGAAAUUGCAAUGUCCAUGGAAGCGUACGAAACUUUGUAUUGCAGCUCUGUAGCUUUUGGUAUGCGGAAAGCAUUACAAGCUCACGAAGAAAAGGAAAUGUUAAGAGAACGCGUGAAAAUACUAGAAGUAGAUAAGGAAAGUCUAGAAGACAUUAUUAACGACAUGAAAAUUAAAACCGAACAAACUGAUCGUCGUAAUGCCGAACUAAGAGCUGCCGAAGAGAAAAAGUAUCAAGAAGAAAUUGCCUUUUUGAAAAAGACCAACACUCAACUCAAAGCUCAAUUAGAAGGCAUUACUGCCCCGAAGAAAUAA